AUGGCCGCCGCCGCUGCCGCCGCCCAGACGGUCGCCUCCCGCGUCACGCCUUGCACCACCCUGCUCCCCGCGCACGGCCGCUUGCAGAUCCGGUUCUUCCUGCUCCAGAACCGGGCGGGCAAGACGCGCCUUGCCAAGUAUUACAUGCCGCUGUCGGACGACGACAAGUCCCGCACAGAGGAUGAGGUCUACCGCCUCAUAGCCAACCGCGACGCCAAGUUCACAAACUUCCUGGAGUACAAGACGUACAAGGUGGUGUAUCGGCGGUACGCCGGCCUGUACUUCAUUUUCUGCGUGGACGUCACCGACAACGAGCUGCUCUACCUGGAGACCAUCCACCUGUUUGUGGAGGUGCGGAUCCUGGACCACUACUUUGGCAACGUGUGCGAGCUGGACCUGGUGUUUGGGUUCCACAAGGUGUACUGCAUCCUGGAUGAGUUCAUCAUUGGCGGGGAGAUACAGGAGACGAGCAAGAAGGUCAUCCUGGAGCGGCUAAAGGAGCUGGACUCGUUGGAAACAUGA